AUGGAUCAAACUGUAUUAGUAACAGGUGGAAGUGGACACGUAGCAUUAUUUUGUAUAAUUAAAUUAUUAAAAGAGGGAUAUAGGGUUAGAACUACAGUAAGAAAAUUAUCACGUAAAGAGGAUGUGUUAGCAUCUAUUAGAAAUUCAGGAUUGUCGGUGGGUGAUGAUGAAAUUGAAUUUGUAGAGGCUGAUCUUUCAUCUGAUAAUGGUUGGGGUGAUGCUGUUAAAGGUUGUAAAUAUAUUUUACAUGUAGCAUCACCAUUCCCAGAAGUACAGCCAAAGAAUGAAGACGAAGUUAUUAAACCAGCGGUAGACGGUGCUCUUCGUGUAUUAAAAGCAGCUCGUGAUGAUACGAAUGUUAAACGUGUUGUAUUAACUUCAUCAAAUGCUGCUAUUGGUUAUGGUAAAGCAAGUGAAAAUUUAGGUCGACCCCUCACCGAAGAUGAUUGGACCAUAUUAGAUGAAACUUGCUCUGCUUAUGUUAAAUCUAAAACAUUAGCAGAAAAAGCAGCAUGGAAUUUCAUGGGAAAGGAAUGUGGUAAUAGUAAAUUAGAGCUUGUAGUAAUAAACCCAACUGCUAUUUUCGGCCCAUUACUCAAUUCGAAUAUAUCAGCAUCCGUGGUUAUGAUCAAAAAUAUUAUUAAAGGUAUGCCAACAUAUCCAACUUUUUCAUUUGGUGUCGUUGAUGUAAGAGAUGUAGCAGAUAUUCAUUAUUUAGCAAUGAUCACUGAAGAGGCCAAAGGUAAUAGAUUCCUCAUAGUUUCAAACGAUAAAUAUACGACAUUGGGACAUCUUGCAAAAUUUAUUAAAGAAAAUAUGCCAGAAAUCUCUCAAAAUAUCACACCACCACCUAAUGAUAUAGAUCAAAUCAAUUUUAAAAGUGGAUCCAAUGAGAGGGCUAAAAGAAUGUUUGGGUGGAAUCCAAGACCAUCGACUGAAUCAAUAGCAUCAACUGUUAAAAGUUUAGUUGAUUUUAAUAUAGUUCAAAAUAAAUAA